UGGACGUGGUGGGCUUAUUUUGUCAGAGGCCCUCAGCCAGGCAGAGAGGCCUGUGGCUCUGCCCGGGUGAGACCGACAAAGGAGCGAGGAGGAGGAGAAGGAGAAGAAAGAGGGUGCCGGGGGAGCCUGAGGAGGAUCUGCUUUCACAAAGGGGAGACACACUGGACCUGAGUUUGGGAUUUUACAAUAAACAUUAACUUUCACAGGAAUUUGGAGCGUGUCUAAGGUGAAGGCAUCAAGAUGGCGUCGAACACAGAAGCGGCCAAGCCGAUCAUCAUGAAUGAAGAGGAGCUGAAGAGGAAGCAGAGGGAGAAGCUUAAGAAACUACAGGCCACUGGAGGAAACCCUCGACCCGCGAGAUCUCUCUUCCUGUUCAACCUCAAAAAUCCCUUCCGCAAAGCCUGCAUCAACAUAGUGGAGUGGAAAACCUUUGAGAUCAUCAUCUUAUUGACCAUUUUUGCAAACUGUGUCGCUUUGGCUGUGUUCCUGCCCAUGCCUGAAGACGACACCAACAACACCAACUUAAAUUUGGAAAGUCUGGAGUAUAUCUUCCUGGUCAUAUUCACGUUGGAGUGCUUCUUGAAGAUAGUAGCGUAUGGGUUUGUGUUCCAUGAAGGGGCCUAUUUACGAAACUGCUGGAACAUAUUGGACUUUGUCAUCGUCUUCAUGGGUCUCUUUACCUUAUUUAUGGAUACUGUAAACAUGGUGUCAGGUGUGCCAAAGGAGAAGGGUGGGGGGUUUGAUAUGAAAGCACUGAGAGCUUUCAGAGUACUGCGGCCUCUACGCCUCGUUUCUGGAGUCCCCAGCCUACAGGUGGUAAUGAACUCCAUCCUUAAAGCGAUGCUGCCUCUUCUACACAUUGCUCUGCUGGUCUUCUUACUGGUCACUAUCUAUGCCAUCAUGGGGCUGGAGCUCUUUAAGUGCAAAAUGCAUAAGACCUGCUAUUACAAAGGCACAAAUAUCUAUGCCACAGCAGAGGGAGAACUGCCUGCCCCCUGUGCUCAGGCUGGUAAUGGACGCCGCUGCAUCAUCAAUGGCACGGAAUGUCGGCCCGGCUGGGAAGGUCCCAACAACGGGAUCACCCACUUUGAUAACAUUGGCUUUGCCAUGCUGACAGUAUACCAGUGUAUCACCAUGGAAAGCUGGACCAAAGUGCUCUACUGGGUGAAUGAUGCCAUAGGGAAUGAAUGGCCAUGGCUCUAUUUUGUUCCUCUAAUUCUGCUGGGCUCAUUCUUCGUGCUCAAUCUGGUUCUGGGUGUGCUCAGUGGAGAGUUUACCAAAGAGCGAGAAAAGGCCAGGUCACGUGGAGAGUUCCAGAAGUUACGAGAGCGUCAGCAGCUGGAUGAGGACCUCCACGGCUACAUGGAGUGGAUCACUCACGCUGAAGUCCUGGAUGCUGAUAGAGAAGGAAAAGGACUCCUGCCCUUGUCCAGUGGAGAUUCAGACACAGACAGUCUGUAUGACCUGGAGGGCAAGAGUCGAAUAAUCUAUUACUACCGCCUGGCUCGGCGCUGGAACCGUUUCUUCAGGAUGAAGUGCCUGGUGUACGUGAAAACCAGGGCAUUUUAUUGGGUGGUGAUGUUCCUGGUCUUCCUCAACACUCUGACCAUAGCCACAGAGUACCACCACCAGCCUGAAAGCCUGACUUCCUUUCAAGAUGUGGCUAGCCGGGUGCUGCUGGUGCUGUUUGUCAUUGAGAUGUUUGUGAAGAUGUAUGCUCUGGGACCCAGGGCAUAUUUCAUGUCUCUAUUUAACCGUUUUGACUUCUUUGUGGUACUAUGUGGUAUCCUGGAGAUGAUCAUGCUGUCUGCAGGUGCUGUGGCUCCCCUGGGUUUCUCUGUACUCAGGUGUAUCCGCCUGCUGAGGAUCCUCAAAGUCACAAAGUACUGGAAGUCACUCAGUAAUCUUGUGGCCUCUCUCCUCAACUCCGUUCGCUCCAUUGCCUCCCUCCUUCUUCUUCUUUUCCUCUUCAUUGUCAUUUUCUCACUCCUGGGCAUGCAGGUUUUUGGAGGGAAAUUUAACUUCUCUGACCACAGAGCCAGGCGCAGCAACUUUGAUAACUUCCCUCAGGCCUUGAUCAGUGUGUUUCAGAUCCUCACAGGAGAGGACUGGACAUCCAUCAUGUACAAUGGAAUCAUGGCCUAUGGAGGGCCUGUCAUUCCUGGCAUUCUGGUCUCCAUCUACUUCAUUAUUCUCUUUGUCUGUGGAAACUAUAUCCUCCUCAACGUCUUCCUCGCUAUCGCCGUCGACAACCUCGCAGAGGCUGAGAGUUUGACUUCAGCUCAGAAAGAAAAGGCAGAGGAGAAGUUGAGGAAGAAGCUGCUAAGGGCGAAAAUGCCUGAGAAGACUGAUGAGGAGAGAGAGAGGAUAGCUAAGAAACUGGCUGAGCAGAGGGCCAAGAUAGAAGGCAUGCCCACCACAGCCAAGCUCAAAAUCGAUGAAUUUGAGUCUAAUGUCAAUGAAGUGAAAGAUCCAUUUCCACCAGCUGAUUUCCCAGGUGAUGAUGAGGAGGAAGAGCCUGAAAUCCCUAUCAGCCCCCGGCCCCGACCAAUGGCGGAUCUGCAGCUGAAGGAAGAAGCAGUUCCGUUACCUGAAGCUAGCUCCUUUUUCAUUUUUGGCCCUCAGAACAAGUUCCGUAAAUUGUGCUACAAGAUCAUCAAUGCUUCGUCCUUCACCAACUUAAUCCUCCUCUUCAUCCUGCUCUCCUCCAUCUCAUUGGCAGCUGAGGACCCCAUUGAUCCCAAGUCCUACAGAAACCAGAUCUUGGCCUAUGCUGAUAUUGUCUUCACAUCUGUGUUCACCAUUGAGAUUGUACUGAAGAUGACGGUGUAUGGAGCGUUCAUGCACAAAGGCUCGUUCUGUCGUAACUCUUUCAAUAUUCUGGAUCUGAUUGUGGUCGGAGUGUCUCUUCUGUCUAUGGGAAUGGAAUCCAGUGCCAUCUCCGUCGUGAAGAUUCUCAGGGUGUUGAGGGUGCUGAGGCCUCUCAGAGCUAUCAACAGAGCCAAAGGAUUAAAGCAUGUGGUCCAGUGCGUAUUUGUGGCCAUCAAAACAAUUGGUAACAUCGUCCUGGUCACCCUGCUGCUGAAUUUCAUGUUUGCCUGCAUAGGAGUCCAACUCUUUAAGGGUAAAUUCUACAGCUGCACAGAUGUGUCCAAAGUGACUGAGGAGGAAUGCCAGGGAUUCUACUUGAAGCAUAUGGAGAAUUCCCUGCAAGACACAGUAGUGGCUAAGAGAGAAUGGCUCAACAAUGACUUUAACUUUGACAACGUGCUCAAUGGAAUUCUGGCUCUGUUCACCGUUUCCACAUUCGAGGGCUGGCCAAAACUCUUAUACAGAGCCAUAGAUUCAGCUGAAGAAGACAUGGGUCCAGUCUUCAACAACCGUGUCGAUGUGUCCAUCUUCUUCAUUAUCUACAUCAUCAUCAUAGCCUUCUUCAUGAUGAACAUCUUUGUGGGCUUUGUCAUAGUCACCUUCCAGGAGCAGGGUGAGCAGGAGUAUAAGAACUGUGAGCUGGACAAGAACCAGCGCCAGUGCGUGCAGUACGCUCUGAAGGCUCGUCCUCUGAAGUGCUACAUACCCAAAAACCCGUACCAGUACAGGGUCUGGUACAUUGUCACCUCCUGCUACUUUGAGUACCUCAUGUUCUUUCUGAUUAUGCUGAACACUUUGUGUCUGGGGAUGCAGCACUGUAAUCAGUCGGACCACGUCACAAAGCUGUCAGACAUUCUCAACUUAAUCUUCACGGUGCUCUUCACCGUGGAGAUGAUUCUUAAGCUCAUGGCCUUCAAAGCAAGGGGUUACUUUGGAGACCCGUGGAAUGUGUUUGACUUCAUUAUUGUUGUUGGUAGCGUUGUUGACGUCAUCCUGAGUGAAGUCGAUAGUGCCCUGGCCGAUAGUGGAGGACUGUACUGUCUCCAUGGCUGUGAGACGAAUCCAAUGCAAGUCAUUGCGGCCUCUGAAAAUGCUUCUGUUUCCAUCACUUUCUUCCGACUCUUCCGUGUUAUGCGUCUGGUCAAACUGCUGAACCGUUCGGAGGGCAUCCGUAACCUGCUGUGGACCUUCAUCAAAUCUUUCCAGGCUCUGCCUCAUGUAGCUCUGCUCAUCGUGAUGCUCUUCUUUAUCUACUCUGUCGUUGGGAUGCAGAUCUUUGGAAAGAUAGCAUUAGUGGAUGGUACCCAAAUCAACCGCAACAACAACUUCCAGACAUUCCCUCAGGCUGUUCUGAUGUUAUUCCGAUGUGCCACUGGAGAGGCUUGGCAAGAGGUCAUGAUGGCGUCAAUGUAUGGAAAAAAGUGUGACCCCAAGUCUGACUUCCUGCCAGGAGAAGAGUACACCUGUGGGUCCAAUUUUGCUGUCUUUUACUUCCUCAGCUUCUACUGUCUCUGUGCCUUCUUGAUCCUCAACUUGUUCGUAGCUGUUAUUAUGGACAAUUUUGACUAUCUGACCCGUGAUUGGUCUCUGCUUGGUCCACACCAUCUGGAUGAGUUUAAAAAGAUCUGGGCUGAAUAUGAUCCCGAAGCUACGGGGAGAAUCAAACAUCUGGAUGUGGUGACGCUGCUGCGAAGUAUUCAGCCUCCUCUGGGCUUUGGCAAAUUCUGUCCUCACCGGGCUGCAUGCAAGCGCUUGGUCGGUAUGAACAUGCCUCUCAACAGUGAUGGCACGGUCACCUUUAACGCCACCCUCUUCGCUCUGGUCAGGACUGCACUCAAAAUUAAAACGGAAGGUAACUUUGAGCAGGCCAAUGAGGAGCUGAGAGCCAUUAUAAAGAAGAUCUGGAAGCGCACCAGCAUGAAACUGUUAGACCAGGUCAUUCCUCCUAUUGGAGAUGAUGAGGUGACUGUGGGGAAAUUCUACGCCACCUUCCUUUUGCAAGACCAUUUGCGCAAGUUCAUCAAGCGUCAAGAGGAGUAUUACGGCUACCGUCCAACUAAGAAGAGUGCCUCAGGUCCAGAGAUCCAGGCGGGUCUGAGGAGUAUAGAGGAAGAAGCAGCUCCAGAAAUGCACAGAGCCAUUUCAGGAGACCUGCAGAAUGAAGAAGAGAUGGAAAGAGCCAUGGAGGAGGCAGGAGAAGAGGCCAUUUAUCAGCGUUCGCACCACCUGUUUGGUAACCGGGUAGAGUCGUUCUCCACUGAGCCGGCUAACACUCAGUCCCAACAGGUGACCAACAUGCGGCCGCUCAGUUUCGCUGAAAGCCAGCCCGAGUCCCCACCAAGCUCAGCCUCAGCCUUGGUGUCUGGUACAGAAUUUUUCCCCACAGCUCCACCAAAGAGCAACACUAACAACAACGCCUUUGCAGAAUUUUCAUUUGAAAGAGAAGGGACUCCAGAUGAGUUUUACAAUCCUUGUGAGGAUGAGGAGGCAGCCAGCAGACAUGCCUGGAACUUCACAGUGAGAACAGACAGAACACAGUUCCCUUAUGACCCUAACUAUGGGGACAGUCAGAGUCAGAGUUCACGCACUGCAGCCGACCACCUCGUCCAAGAGGCUCUAGAGAAGGGUGGACUGGUCUCCCUGGCCAGGGACCCGGGCUUCGUCUCAUUAACGAAGAAAGAGAUGGCUGAAGCCAUGCACAUCUCAGUAUCUGACAUGGAGGGUGUGGCUCAGGGCAUCCUCAAAGAACGCUCCAGCAGCAUGACCCCCGUUAAAAAGAGGCGUCCCAUCCCUGUCCCUCCUCCUGCUCCAGCGGCGGCAACAGUGGUAACAGGCCGGCCAGAUCCGGCUGUGAGGAGAAAGAAACGUCCAAUUCCCACGGUUCCCUCCGCACGGGGACCGUCUGAAGCCGACUCCGGAGUGUAGGGACUGCCACCUGGAUUUUACAUGGUUAUCAUGACAGUUUUGUAUUUUGAACACUAGUGUGUGACUCCAACUCACAUCACUUUACCAAGCUUGUUGCUUCUUUGAAAAUCUGUAUCAGUCAGGAUGGCUCAGUGCCUACAGACAGUUUGGAUAAGGUUUCAUGUUUUGGUUGAAACAUUAACUGAGAAGUAACAAUAUAUCUGAUAAUGAAACAUCUAAUACUUCAGAUUUGACGAAUUAAUAAAAACACUGUACUUGUCUCAGAGUAAA